AUGGCUGAGCCAGUCUUCGACGAACACCCGCUCGAAGAGUACUUCAGAAGUUCGUGGCGUUCUGGAUCCAAUAUCCCGAGAUUUCCUUGUUCUGACUAUGGAGGAACAGAAACUGGGGAAACGUCACAGAUACUCCCUGGCGGUGCCCCUGAAUUCAUCGCAGAGCCCGACGACAGCGAAUGCGCUUCUGCUGUGGGAUGGCUUGACCCUGAGCAUCUGCCUUACAUAGUCGUUGAGGCCAUUCAGUCUCCUGAAAGCACAUUCGCCGAGCGUUUCAAGUACGACGUGAUCUCAUCCUCCCUGCUCUCCACCUCUAUUGCUGCUCCAUUGAGCGCCACACGGCGAAGCUUCUCGCCGGAACUGCCUGGAAGAUUGGAUCAGGAGAGCAAUGCCUCACAAUCCUCAAGUUUGGAACAGAACGAGCCAACUGUUAUACCAUCUUCACUGACAGAGUUUAACUGGUUAAUCGUCUCAGUAUCUAUUGCCGCUGUUGCGCUGUUCUAUGAGUUUUACUUUGUUGCUAUUUUCCUCAUAGGAGGAGCCACAUAUAGUUGGCAUGCUGAGAAGGUACUCAGUGAGAAGGCGUCCAUCAUGUCCGCUACUCUGCGCGUUCUGAACGAUGUCAUUUCGUCAGGAAAUGUCUGGGAUUCUGCCGUUAAUGAAGCAAUGGCAGUCAUCGAGAAGGAAGAGCGAAGUCAAUGCGACAACGUCCGCCAACUCCUGUCGGCGCUUACAGAGCCCUCACAGCUAUCACAGCUCUCGGAGAUGUACGCGCCGUCGUCUCCAAUGCGCGAGACUUUCCCCUCACUCAAUCAGCCUCGCCCUCUCUCUGUCCCACUGAGCCGGCAGCGCACAAUGUCAGGACCUGCCGAUAAGCGCGCGACGUGGAAUGGUUCGUAUGCCUCCCUUGCUCUUGCUGGCAGCCCGACAUCGCAUCUGCAGAAGCGCAGAUCGUACCGCAACUCGGAUAUGUUAUCCUUAUUCGAUGCACAGUCCGCCAAGGCCUCGAGCUUGAGCGCUCCCCCAAGCCCUCUGGUACCCAUCUCGCUCCAGGAAGUGCAGGAGGAAGAUGACGACGAGUCGCCAUCGGCUUCUCCUGCUACUCACAGCGAAUAUUUUGGAGCUGCCCUGCUGGAUUUCCAGCGGAAACGGCGCAGUGCCGGUAUGGAAACGAUAGGUAUCCCCCCGCCGCCGAGCUAUUCGAGCCACUCGCCCCGCUCUCAUCGCAGUAGCGGCUCCACGUCUUUCAGCCCUGUUCUCCGCACGAUCCCCUCGUCUCGUUUCACGACUGUGCAUACGACCCGUCAUCCGCUUUCACUUUCUGGCCUGCAGCUGGCCUUGCACGGCGCGCUAUCGGCAAAACGGUAUGCAUGUUCUCACUUGCUAGCGUUACGCUUUGAAGAAGACGAGGACGACUCGUACUGGGAGGAUGUGCGGUCAGUGAUGGCGCUCCUGACGAGCACAUUCGAGGACGCAUCGUCAAGGUUGAUGGAGGCGCUCAACGAGGCAGAGCGCAAGCGUGUGCAGGACGAACGGCCCAGUCCUGAGAGGGGCAUGGCAGCGCCAGUACUUUCAGCCGCUCUGCGCUCACGCACAAUGGCAGAGAUGAUAUCGUUCGCGCCUAUGCCAAGCCAUCUGUCUCGCUUCGCAGCACAUGUGGACGCAAUAUCGACUGCCCUCAAUGAGGCAAGGUUGCACCUAGAGCAGACUGUCGCUUCUCUACGCGACCCCUCGCCGGCGGAGGGUGUGACGAGUGCAGGAGGUUCCGCUACCGUAGCCCAAGAACAUCCCGCUUUCCAAGCAUACGAUCGACUCAGGAAGGAGCUCGGCUUCGCUUUACGUGAAUGCGAGCGUGGACGCGAACAACUCCUGGAUAUCGUGUCAGGGCCGCGGAUACCACCCACAACCGAGGACGCAGACGACAGUCCAGGCUUAGGACAAGACAGCGAAAGCGAACCGUCCGAAAGGCCCGGGCCGUUCUCGCCAGCGAUACGUUUCCCCGACCUUGCUACCGAGUCCGUAACCUUAGCGCUGAGCCGAGAAGACGAGCAGCUUGAUGAUGCCACGGCACACUUACUGCUGACAGCGUCGUCACAGCAUCUGCCACCCCCGGGCAUCGAGCAGGUCUACGAGACCGACACCGGGGUCGUAGCACCCUUUACCCGGGAGCGCUCGAAGUUAACCCGAGAAGAGCGUAUCAAGCUGUCGAAGGCAAGACGCGAGAGCGCCGUGUCGGAUCUGAUGGACUCGUCGGAACAGUCAAGACGGUCGAGUGUUGAAAGGUGGGGGCCAGGAGGUGAGGUGGUGCAGGAGUUGAAGGACGUGAUCUGGAAAGUGAGUGAGAAGCGGAGAAAAUUGGUCGGGCAGUCAGAGUCCCAGAGUUGCUCGGAGCAAGAGCAACCGUUGCUGGUUGUUCAUGAUACCCCUCGGACAGCUGAGUUGCAGAGUCCCGAGGUUGUGGCCUCAUGA